AUGUCAGAGUCAAAACCGACCCUCCGAUGGGGCAUCGUCGGCACAGGCAUGAUCUCAUCCUGGUUCCUGUCCGACCUCUCCAUCGACCGCAAAGACGCACAAGCAACACACGUUAUCCAGGCAAUCGGCUCCUCCUCUGUUGAAAAGGGCAAGAAGUUUGUCGAAACUCAUAUUCCAAACAUGAACCCAACUGUCUACGGAAGCUAUGAAGAAGCCUACCAAGAUCCUAACGUGGACAUCAUCUACAUUGGCACACCGCAUGGUUUUCACAAAAAGAACUGCCUCGAUGCGAUCUCGCAUGGUAAGAAUGUUCUUUGUGAGAAGGCUUUCACUUUGAACGCCAGAGAGGCGAGAGAAGUUCUUGAAGCUGCCAAGGCAAAGGGUGUUUUUGUAAUGGAGGCUAUGUGGACGCGUCACUUUCCCUUAGUUAAGAUGAUUCAGAAGAUGGUUCAUGAGGAGAAGGUCAUUGGAGAUGUGGUUCGCCUUUUUGCAGACUUUGCCAUGGAUCAGCGGAUCGAGUCACUUACUCCCGAACAUCGCUUACGAGAUCUUGCAUUGGGCGCUGGCUCAUUGCUUGAUAUCGGCAUCUACAGCUUGACAUGGGGCCUUUUGGGUCUUGACGCAGGCGUAGGUGAAAAGGCCACGAGUCCAAAGAUCUGCGCCUCCCAGACCUUCAUUGAAGGUGGUGUCGAAGUUAGCACCUCUAUCAUCCUGCAAUACCCAGACGGCAAACAAGGCAUCAUCACUUCCAACUCGAAAGUCAAGACACCGCCAGCCUUUUGCCGCAUUGAAGGAACCAAAGGUCACAUCGUUGUGGAAGGUCCUGCAGCUGCGCCUGAAACUUUCACCGUUUAUAUGGACGGUGAGACGGAGGGGAAGAAGUAUGGUUUUGAGAAGCCGGGUAGAGGAUUUUAUUGGGAGGCUGAUGCUGUGGCGAUGGAUAUUGCUGCUGGGAAGACUGAGAGUGAUGUCAUGCCUUGGGCUGAGACUGUGAGAGUUAUGGAGAUUAUGGAUGAGGUUAGAAGACAGGGUGGAACAAAGUUUCCUCAGGAUUAG